AUGUUGAAAAGUUUUCUGCAAGUUAGGCAAAAUGAAGACAUUUCUGAUAAGAUAGUUGAAGAAAUUGAUACACAUGAGCGUGAGUAUGAUGAAUAUAAUGUAACUGGUGAGAAGUCUUUAUCUGAAAUUGACGAAACUAACGUUAAUGUUAAGUUAAAUGCUAGCACUAGUACAGCUAAUCAAGAUGAAUGUUUAAGUGAUGAGGUAGAAAAAAGUUCUGAGAAUAUAUCUAGCUGUAAUGAUUUUUGUGAUAUAACGUAUUGGCCGGAACAUUGGCAGAAUUUGCAAAUUCAAAAUAUAGUUUCCAAAGUUCCAAAACAAGCUAGUAUUAACCAGUACCCAAAAGAAAGUUUGGGUAGAUCAUUUAACAAAAUACAUUUUCAUCGAAAAACAGCAAAUGGUGAAUUAUUUAAAAGAACCUGGCUUGUAUAUUCACCCAAAGUAGAUCGGGUGUUCUGUUUUUGUUGUAAAAUAUUUAGUAGCGACAAAUUUGCCUUAGCAAAAGGAGGAACAAAUGAUUGGGGCCACAUAACGAUAAUUUUAAAAAGACAUGAGCAAAGUACUGAGCAUUUUCAAUGCUAUGGAAAGUGGAUUGAGCUUAAAAAACGGCUUUCUUGUGGUCAAGCCGUUGAUUGUCUAGCUAAUAAAUUAUACUUGAGUGAAGUAGAACAUUGGGAUGAAGUGCUCAAGCGAAUAAUCUCAAUUAUUUUAAUGAUGGCCUCAAAAAAUAUUGCAUUUAGAGGAUUUUCAGGCAGAAUAUUCACCAAAAAUAAUAAUAAAUUUUUAAAAAUUGUUGAGUUGUUUUCAAAGUUUGAUCCUGUGUUAGAGAAACAUUAA